UCUCCGUUUGUCGGUGCGCGGCAUCACCUACAGGUUCAUGGUCUUCUGACUUCGCUUUUUCAUUUCCAACACGAGACUCUUCUUAAGACUCAGUAUUACUUUCAUUUAACUGUUAUCCAUGAGAUUCUUCAGGCUUACCUUCAAGUGCUUCGUCGACUGCUUUUGAAUUUUCAGUGUCUACGGCUAUCCUGACCGCGGCGCUUUGUGAAUUUCCAUCUUUUGGCUGAGCUGAUUGAUUUAAACACAAAACUGAGAUCUUUAUUAAUACCGAGAAAGAGAAUCAACUCAGAGAAUAGAACAUAACCGGUGCGCUACCAAGUGCCUGCCUCCCCGUGUCUGCCCGUGAAAGCCCGCUGGUGCACAGCCAGACAUAAUCCAACUGAAACUGUCUCUGACUGUAAGAAAAAUAUUUUAGCCGCGAAUAUGUCACCUGAAGUGGAAGAUAACAACCAUGGCGAGAUGCCCCUUCCACAGUUGGAGGCAGGAACGCUUUCAGAGGAGGAGGGUCUUGGGUCAGUGCGGCCCCUGGUGCCCAGCACAGGUUCAGGAUGUGGGGACGGUAGCGGGGCUGGCCCUCCUCCAAAUCCUGAGGGUAUUGCAGCUGCAGCCAAUGGGGCUGUGGCUGUCCCAGUAGUGGAGAGAGAGACCUGGACCAGACAGAUGGACUUCAUCAUGUCCUGUGUGGGCUUCGCUGUAGGCCUGGGGAAUGUGUGGCGCUUCCCCUACCUCUGCUACAAGAAUGGAGGGGGAGUGUUCCUUAUUCCCUACCUGCUGAUUGUGUUUAUUGGAGGUAUCCCUGUCUUCUUUUUGGAGAUUGCACUUGGACAAUUCAUGAAGCAAGGAGGAGUUUCUGCCUGGAAUAUUGCACCUCUUUUCAAAGGUUUGGGCUUGGCCUCUAUGGUGAUUGUGUUCUUCUGUAACACUUACUACAUAAUGAUUUUGGUGUGGGGCCUGUACUUCCUGUUUCACUCCUUCACAAACCCUCUCCCGUGGGCCACCUGUGGGCAUCCUUGGAACACGCCCAACUGCACACAGGACUUCAGACGCUCCUGUCUCAACCACAGCACUGUAGCCUCCACCAACCUGUCCUUCUCUGCACCAUUAAACCUGUCGUCAGCCUUGUUCAAUGGAACCUGCUUGGAGCAGGAGGGUCUGCGUUCCCCUGUCAUCGAGUUUUGGGAGCGUAAAGUACUUCGUCUGUCGGGAGGUCUUCAUGAGCCCGGUGCCAUUAGCUACGAGAUGGUGCUAUGUCUUAUAGCCACCUGGAUCAUCGUUUACUUCUGUAUGUGGAAGGGAGUUAAAUCCACUGGCAAGGUAGUGUAUUUCACAGCCCUGUUCCCUUACCUGGUCCUGGUGGUGCUGUUGGCCCAUGGAGUCACUCUGCCAGGAGCUUUAGACGGGAUUGUUUACUACCUGAAACCAGAUUGGUCCAAACUUGGAGAGGCACAGGUUUGGAUUGAUGCAGGGACUCAAAUCUUCUUCUCUUAUGCCAUCGGACUUGGGGCUCUGACUGCUCUGGGCAGUUAUAACCGCUUUCACAACAACUGUUACCAGGAUGCUUUCAUGUUGGCCCUCAUCAACAGUGGGACCAGUUUUUUUGCUGGCUUUGUGGUGUUUUCAGUGCUGGGAUUCAUGGCUGCAGAACAAGGUGUAGACAUCAGUAAGGUUGCAGAAAGUGGCCCAGGUCUAGCUUUCAUAGCCUACCCAAAAGCUGUAACGCUGAUGCCCCUUGCACCCCUUUGGGCAGCUCUUUUCUUCUUUAUGUUGCUCAUCUUGGGCUUGGAUAGCCAGUUCGUUGGAGUGGAGGGGUUGAUCACCGGUAUCAUGGACAUGCUACCUCCCAAGUCCGCCCUGGGCUCCCUGCAACGAGAAGUGGUGGCAGCCAUCUGCUGCCUGAUCUGUUUCCUUAUUGACAUGUCCAUGGUCACUGAGGGAGGCAUGUAUGUCUUCCAGUUGUUCGACUAUUACUCUGCCAGUGGUAUCACACUUCUGUGGCAGGCCUUCUGGGAGUGUGUGGUGAUCGCAUGGGUUUAUGGUGCAGACCGCUUUAUGGAUGAUGUGGCUCGAAUGAUUGGCUACCAGCCGCUACCAUACAUGAAGUGGUGCUGGUCCUAUAUCACCCCUUUGGUCUGUGUGGGCGUGUUCUUUUUUCACGUGGUAAACUACAAGCCCUUGACCUACAAUACCAUCUACACCUAUCCACUGUGGGGUGAACUACUCGGCUGGACCCUGGCUCUGUCCUCUAUGCUCUGUAUCCCUCUCACUGUUCUCUACAAAAUGCUGCGAUGUAAGGGAUCCUUGCGGGAGCGUUGGCAGCACCUCACCACUCCUGUGUGGGGAAGACACCACCUUGAGUACCUGGCCCCUGAGAGUGAAGCCAAGCUGCUGCCCUCUACAGGCACCAAGAGUACACUGCUCUUUGAGAGUGUCAUCUAAUGCACCUAACAUACAUAAAGGAAAUGUUUCCUUUUCACAUUCAAAACACACUCAGAAUUACACCCACGCGCAGUGGUUCAAAUUUACAAUCAUAUGUUUAACAGAUUUAAAGUAUGAAAAAUCCGAGGGGGAAUGGACCAAAGAUAAUAUUAGGCAUAAUACCUUGCUUAGCCCACACCUUUGACAGGAUGCAUCCCAAGCUUCUCUUUCUGACUCUACCUCGCCCCUCUCUUGCCCGCUGCCUUUGUGCCGUCCAGUCUUGUCUGUGGUGUGACCAGUGUUGUUGCUGCUGCCCCCUAUUGUUCACUCUGUGUACCACGAGAUGUCCUGCCAUCAUAAGUAGACAUCAUAAGAGAGCAGCACAAUAUCAGAAUAAAACAUGGUAUAGGAUAAGAUGUCAUGCAUACACAUUUGGAACAUAACCUUCUAUCUUAAAGCAUUGCUUGAAUUCACAAUUGAAAAGUAAAUUGAAUAAACAAUUGCUUUAUAGUAUUUGCUAAUAUUACAUUAUACUAGUACAUUUCUAAUAUUUUGCUGCUCUGUAUAAAAGAUAAUACGCAUCAAAAGAUCUUAGAUGCCAUGUAUAGUAUAUGUGUCUCGGGUAUAUCUCAUUUUGGUCGCUUGGUAACACUUUAUAAUAACUAAGCACUAUGAAGUAUUAUCAUUGAGUAAUGAAUAUGUUGCCAUUUACAAAGCAGUACCAAUAAUCUCGAGAUAAUGUAUUAAUUCAUUAGUAAUACGGUGUGAAAUAUUAAGUAUUAAUAUAUUAAUACUGAUUUGAUUACAAUUGUGGUUAGCUAUUCUACAGUGUUACUAAAAGCUUCAAAUCAUGGCAUCCCAAUUUAACACCAGCCAUUAUCUUUCUUCCAGCUGUGUUUUCUUUUUUGUAUAAAAAUAGCCUCCAUUACUUACAAAGAAGAAUAAUAAAUAAGACAUUGCAUCAGCACCACUACCAGAUGUGUGUUAUAAUAGAACUAUCGUAUUGUAUUGUAAAAAUCUGUGAUCAGUAUUUCCACAUUCUAGCAAGGUAAAGAGAGAUUUUGAUGUGCAAAAGGCAGGUGCAGGGAAACGGGUUGAGAUUUGAUCUGAGUAAUGAUGCAAUAAAUGGCCCAAGAUGGA